UGUGUGUGUAGGCAGGCUGGAUUGUGUGCUGGCCAGACAGCACCCACUCAUCUACUGUGCUCCCCUUAAUAGUAGGUGCUUUCUCGCAGCAUUUGCCUAUGUGGAUGUGCUGGCCCGUGGUGUGGCCAGAGCAGCGGUGCACUGGUUAUCGAAUUGUGCCACGAUCCGAUUGGCUAGGGCUUUAUGCCUGGCUGUAGACAUCGGUGGCACGUGGUAACUGAACCUGUCCUCCGCCAAACCCUACGUCCAAUCAGCCUCAAGUGAGGACCUGGUGCAGUGUGUUCACCAUUGGUGGUGUUAGACACAAGCAAAAGUAGAUGGCCUCGUAGGGGUUUUAUGACAUUUUUAGAAUAAUAUUAGCAUUUGUUUGUUGUCCUUCCCCCCCACCCCUCCGAUGAGCACGGUUAGCUACGUAUGGUGCGAAAGAAGUUCAACAUGCAUCAAAACCCACAAAUAUAGACGCACAUAAUGCAUGUAUAUAGGUGGCAACUGUACGUCUGUGGAUGUGCAUUGAUACGUGUUCAAGUGUGUGUACACAUUUGUGUGUGUAUCCGUACGAAGUUCAACACUGUUACGUCUCUGUCAAUUGCGAUGCAUUUGUGAACAUGAAAACAUCUGAAGUGCGUCCACUUAAAAAGUUCGGGACGGUGCUUAUUUGUGUUCACGACCCUGGGCGCCAUCGCUGCAAAUUUCACAUUCCCGUGGCAGUGGCUGCUGCAGCCGUGGGACAACCGCUGUUGACUCCCCGCAAAGUGGCAGUCACACGCUCCGCGUCAAGAGCAUUCAUUGGUGGUCGAUGUGAAGCCAUUGAAACGCUCGCCAGCCGUGUGCGGCCAAAGCCUCAAGUGUUCUUUCCGCCUCAACAAGUGCGGACCCACGGAGCAAAACGAUCGCCCAGGGAUCCGGGACAGAAAAUGAUCAAGCGUGUUAUUGCCCUGGAAGGAGACAUUAUCAGAACCCUGAGCUACAGGAACAGAUACGUGCGCGUGCCCGAGGGCCACUGCUGGGUGGAGGGUGACCAUCAUGGCCAAAGUUUGGACAGCAAUUCCUUUGGGCCGGUGUCGGUGGGGCUGCUGCACGCUCGAGCCUCACACGUGGUGUGGCCGCCCAACCGCUGGCGACGCCUGCAGCGAGACGUUCCGCCCAACCGCGACCCCAUCUACGUCUCGGCCGCCGGGAGCGACGACGAGGGCGACGAGGACGACGCGGAGGCGAAAGGGAAGGAUGUCAAGCACUCGCGAGACAAGAGGCCCUGACAGGCGCCUUCCGGACCCCGGCCGGCACACACCGAUCGGAGCUUCACGCAGACUUCAUCACUACACGAUCCACCAACCCUACCCCGGAGACACUGCAGCAAGAAGAGGUCUUCGUGAAGUCAACAAGAGCUCGAUCAGCAAAACUCAACGUUUAUUUUCCCACGGCGUUUAAUGAACGGUCAGAAUACAAACACUAUGGCAACCUUGUUUAAUCAACAGGUAUCUUGCCUGGAUUCAAACCCAGAAUGUUAUCACUACCAGCUCAGUGACCUGACAAGAACACCAUGAGCCUCGUGAGGCACCCCCAGAUGCCUCUUGAGAGCGACUGAUUUGGAAUCGCGGCGUGAGGUCCCCCAGGCCCUCCAGCCAGAGCCAAACCGAGGAGGACCUUCAUCAUCUCCAACUUCCGUACCUCACCGUACAUUGCUCUCUUUAACCCCCCCCCCUCCCCAGAGUGAUCUAGUUGUCAGAGGGAGCACUUUGAAGCAACCCCCAUUAAGUGUACAUCAAACUGUAUUGGCCUAGUGUGCUGUUUGUUGCAUUAUUCAGCAAUUCGCUCGAGAGCUUGUGCCGCUGCCAUCCCCGUCCCUCCCAUGCCCUCGCCGCUCUGAUCCGCCACUCCUGCCCUAAGGCCUGCAUUGGCAGGAAUUAUUUCUUAAGUUGAAAUUUUCCACUCUCUGCAUUGUGUAAGUCCGGGCUUGGGGGGUGCGACUCGCAGGUGCCUACAUUUGAAUGAUUUUGACUUUGUUUUUUUUUUGCAGCCACAUGUAAAUGUUGACGUAAUAAACUGAGCAAGAGACGUGUGUGUGUGUGUGUAUAUAUCGCUGACUCGGUGAGCAAGGUUGAGAGUUUAUAUCAUGGUCGAAGUGUCGAUCCAGCUCAUGCCUUUGGGAUCGUUAAAAUUAAUACUACUUUGUUUGAAGUCAACAGUGAUGGUGCUGUGGAGAGAUUGGUUCCCACUUGGAAUGUUUAAUUGCUGCCACUGGCUCAAGGCCACCAAAUGAUACGAUCGCCAAGCAACGCUCAUUUGAACACACCGUGGUCCUACUGGAAAUCCUUGAAAAAGAGCUUCAUAGCUCAUUGGAUUUCUCCAGGAUAAAUAAAGAUUCUGAUUUUGGUCAUUUAAUCUCCCUCAUGAAAUAGUACAAUUUUCUCACUAUCUUUCACAAUGCUACUGUACGAAAGAAACAGGAAGAAAAACGCUGGGUCGGCAAUUUCCAAAUCUGCUUUGUUAAUUGACUUCUGGGGUGGCUAAUUUUCCAUACAAUUUAAUUGCUGCAUUCGUUAAACAUGAUUAGCAACCUUGGUGCAAUAACUGUGGAUUCAGUAUUGUGAUGGGCACUUAAUAUGUAUCAAAUUAUCCUGACUACGACCCAGGAGAAAGUGACAGAUCUCACGUUUUGCUGUAAUCUCGUGCACCGUGGUCUGUGGAGAGAAUGUUACUGCGAUAAUUAUCCCCAUGAUUCUUUUUCUCAAAACAGUUUGUCCAUUAGAUUGGUAUGUUUGUUUUUUUUCGCUGUUUUCCCUCUGGCUUUGUACUUGUCAUCAGUGUGCAGCUCUCACGAUGCUAAUGAUAGCUAUUGCAGUCAUAUCCCAAUAGGAUUCAUACAGUUUCCGAAUACAAAACUGAUCUGUGUAAGGCAACGUGUAAUAAAUAACUAAUAAUAAUCCA